UAUUUUAACAUUUCUCAUGCACAAAAGUUAUUAUUUUAUUCACAGCUUAUAAUAUUUCAAACUGAUAUCAAUUGUUUUCUUACAGAGCUAUGGCGGGUACACUCAGCAACACUUUUCUGUUCUUUAUACUGGUGGGAGGUGUGUGGUGUAAAGGAGCAGGAGGAGGUAAAGGGGGAGGAAGAGGGAACAUUCAGGUGGACAGCCCUAAAACCGAGGUUAUAGAUAUCGGAGCUAGCGGUAGUGUCAAGAACAUGGGAAAACUUGCCAACCACAACUGGUUGAUAUACGGUCCUAUCCUGGUCUGCAUCUGCCUCAUCACACUCUGUAUGAUGUACGAUAAGAUCUACCGCUGCUACCUCUCCAACCAGGAUAUGGGGGAGAAAGAAGGGGGUGACGUGCCUACCCUGGUGAUUGAAAGUGCUCCAAGCAAGCAACAACUCCUAGCCUCUAAUCGGAAGCCAAAUCUGGAUAAUUUCCGAAUGAUGGAACAAACAAACGGAAAGCUGACGGGUUCUGAUCAGAUGGGGUCUAUAGGAUAUUCUGAUACAGAGAGAGCUGAAGCAACCCGGAAACUAGGAGAGAAGCUCCACGAAUCAGCAGGUCAGUACUGGAUCAGUGAUCACCAUAGAUAUAAUGACGAGAUACAAACAGACGGGAUCAGGCUUAACGAUCACAAUAUAUAUUCUCAUGAUCCACAGCGUCAGGGUCUGACUUCUCACUCCAACACCUUUACUAUCGGAACACAGUCUGGAACGUUACAUUUGAGAACAGAAAGCCCCGAUCAACCCUUGCAUUUGGACUUGGAGGCCAUUAGGACCGAAACUUUAAAUCUGGGGUCUGAUACUCAGGCGAGAUUGAAGUUACAAUCCGAAUUGGAAGUUCCACGGGCAGGUGGAAAGUUUGACACGAUGGAGAGUCAACGGAUGAAUGGCAGACAGAAUGACAGAAUGAGAAGUGAAACUGAACGCAGUGAAACAGCUCGCAGUUAUAAAAGUGAAAGGAGUGGUGGGAGAAUAGAAAAAGGUGCAAAGUUAAGAAUGGGAGAGUCGGAGAUCAGUGGAAAUCUGUAUCACUUAUUGCCCUCAGAAGACCAGUCCACUGGAUAAAGUUACAUUAGAUCGAACAUUCCAGAGGUUAAUUCAACGUUUGUAGCUACUUCUGAGGAAAGUAAUGUGUACUCUAGUGCUAUGUGAAUUAAUUGCUACUAAAUUUAGCGGAUGUUGUCUAAUUAAACUUUGACUGCAGUCGUAGAACGUCAACAGUUCCAGUGCAAUAUGAAUAAAGGGUCAGUUGAAACCAUGACGACGCGACCAAUCAGUGCUUGUAAGAGUGAACUGAUGACCUCCAGAAUUUAUUAUUGAGUAUUAUUAUGAAACUGUAUUCCUGUUAAUCAAUUUAAAGAUAACAAAUUAAAUUACCUGUUUUAACAAUUUAAUAAA